AUGGCGCACUCGGGGGCCGCCUGCGUACUCUAUCCGGGAGACGACCGCGGGACCGAGCCCGGAGCCGCUUUUUCCCACUCGGCGCGCGGCCCCGCAGGGACCUCUGGGGAAGGCAGCCUGCACGCACCCGACGCGGCCGGUGGGGCGGAUGGCGCAGCGGCCCCGGCGGCGCCGCAGGCUCCCUGCAGCCUCGGCGCAUCCCUGUGCUUCAGCUCCGGGGACGGCUCCCCGCCCCCGUGCCGCAGCGGCCAGCGGGUGGUGGAGACGCAGUGGGAGGUCAGCGGCGCCCCGGACGACCCCGCGUCCCCGGAAGAGCCCGUGUCCCCGGAAGAAGCCGCGUCCCUGGAGGAGGAGCCCGCGUCCGCCGAGGAGGAGCGCCCGUCCCCGGAGGAGCCCGCCGAACCGGUGCCCGUGCCCCCGGGGGCCUGGGCCGCGCACGGGGAGCCCGACCUGGUCCUCGAGGUCUCCGGCCGCCGGCUGCGCGCCCACAAGGCGGUGCUGGCGGCGCGCAGCGACUACUUCCGCGCGCGCGCCUCGCGAGACGUGCUGCGGGUGCAGGGCGUGAGCUUCGCGGCGUUGCGCUUGCUGCUGGCCGACGCGUACAGUGGCCGCAUGGCCGGCGUGCGGCCCGACAACGUGGCCGAGGUGGUGGCUGGCGCGCGCCGCCUGCAACUGCCCGGCGCCGCGCAGCGCGCCACCGACGCCGUGGCGCCGCAGCUGAGCCUGGCCAACUGCCUGGAGGUGCUGGGCGCGGCCAAGCGGCAGCGGCUGGCCGAGCUGCGCGACGCCGCCUACCGCUUCAUGAGCGACCACUACCUGGAGGUGCUGCGCGAGCCCGCCGUCUUCGGGCGCCUGUCGGGCGCCGAGCGCGACCAGCUGCUGCGCCGCCGCCUGCGCUCGGGCCGUGCGCGCCUGUCGGCCGCCGCGCUGGGACCGCCGGCGGGGGAGCGCGCAGGCAGCCGGCCGCAGAGCCCGUCGGGGGAGGCGGGGGGCGCGCGCGCCGAGGCGGCCGUCUACUGCUACCAGGCCGAGGGCGGCUGGCGCGAGCUCACGCGGCUGCCCGAGGGCGCGCCGGCGCGCGGCUGCGGCCUCUGCGUGCUCUACAACUACCUCUUCGUGGCCGGCGGAGUGGCGCCCGCGGGCCCCGACGGCCGCGCGCGCCCCUCCGACCAGGUCUUCUGCUACAACCCGGCCACCGACCGCUGGAGCACCGUGCGGCCGCUGUGCCAGGCGCGCUCGCAGCUGCAGCUGCUGGCCCUGGACGGACACCUGUACGCCGUGGGCGGCGAGUGUCUGCUCAGUGUGGAACGCUACGACCCCCGCGCCGACCGCUGGAGCACCGUGGCGCCGCUGCCCCGGGGCGCCUUCGCCGUGGCCCACGAGGCGGCCACCUGCAACGGCGAGAUUUACGUCUCCGGGGGCUCGCUCUUCUACCGUCUGCUCAAGUACGACCCCCGGCGUGACGAGUGGCAAGAGUGUCCAUGCAGCAGCAGCCGCGAGCGCUCGGCUGACAUGGUGGCCCUGGGCGGCUUCCUCUACCGCUUCGACCUGAGCGGGCCCCGCGGCGACGCGCAGCCGCCGGCGGUCGGUCAGGGCGCGGGCCCGGUGGCCGGUGGCGGCGUCAGCGUCUCGCGCUACCACUGCCUGGCCAAGCAGUGGAGCUCGUGCGCCUCGCAGCUGCGGCCCCUGGGCGCCACGGCCGCCUGCGCCCUGCAGCCCUUCCGCUGUGCCGCGCUGGAUGGGGCCAUCUACUGCGUGAGCCGCGCCGGCACCUGGCGCUUCGUGCCCCCGCCGGGUGGCGAUGCAGACGCGGGUGAGGGCGGCAGCUUCGAGCCCGAGCCCUUGGGGGCCCUUCCUGAAGCCCGCGGCGUGCUCUUCCCGUUCGUCCUCAAUCUGCCCGAACAGCCUGAGCAGGGCGCGGAGUAGCGGCUGUG